ACGCGGGACCCGCCGCUCUAGCCAGCAUAAAAGGCGCGGUGCUCCCAUAGCGGAGCGGCCUGGCCCAUCGGUGCCUGCCGUUCGGUUGCCUGGCGGUGUUGUCAAGCGCGGGGCAUGGCGGCAGCCGGUGCUGCAGCCAGGGUGGGGGAUGAGGCGGCCGGAGCGGGCUCGGUAGUCAACUGCUCAGGUCAAGGAUUGCAAAAACUGGGUCCAACCUUGCCCUGUGAUGCUGAUACUCAGACUCUGAUUCUGGACAAAAAUCAGAUAAUUAAAUUGGAACACUUGGAGAAAUGCAGGAAUCUGAUGCAGCUCUCUGUAGCCAACAACCGUUUGGUGCGAAUGAUGGGUGUAGGAAAACUGACUAAGCUCCGAGUGCUCAACUUGCCUCAUAAUAGUAUUGGGUACAUGGAAGGGCUGAAGGAUUUGGUGCACCUGGAAUGGCUGAAUUUGGCAGGAAAUAACAUUAAGGCCAUCGAACAAGUCAAUUCCUGUCUGUCUCUUCAGCAUCUUGAUCUGUCAGACAAUAACAUAGCUCAAUUAGGCGAUCUCUCCAAGCUUACCUCACUAAAGACUCUGUUGCUACAUGGAAAUAUUAUAACUUCACUUCGUGCUGCCCCUGCUUGCCUACCUCAGAGUUUGACUAUUUUUUCUUUGGCAGAAAAUGAAAUCAGAGAUUUAAAUGAGGUUUCUUUCCUGGCCUCUCUUCACCAAUUGGAACAGCUGUCAGUUAUGAACAAUCCUUGUGUGAUGGCUACACCUUCUCUCCCUGGCUUUGACUACAGGCCUUAUAUUGUCAGCUGGUGUCUGAACCUUAAAGUUCUUGAUGGAUAUGUGAUUUCUCAAAAGGAAAGUUUGAAAGCAGAAUGGCUCUACAGUCAAGGGAAAGGAAGGUCAUUUCGACCUGGGCAGCAUGUUCAACUAGCUCAGUACUUGGCUACUGUUUGUCCUCUCACAUCUGCAUAUGGACUUCAGACUGAAGAGGAUGCCAAACUGGAAAAAAUACUGAGUAAGCAAAGACUCCACCAGAGGCAGUUGAUGCAUGAAAGCCAAAAUGAGGAGCCACCUACAUCUUCUGCUCCCAGCAAAACAGUGCCAGUUGCUCAUGAGCACAGUGGCCUGGCCCAGCCAUCACAGAUGGUUCUUGAAAAGGAACCUGUCAUCCAGAGGAAUUCUUGGGUUGGACCGAGUGCAAACAAUGAUCAUUCCUAUGUAGUAAAGAACUCUUUUCUUCAUGAAAGAAGCUUUCCCAAGGAGCUACACCUCGAAGAUGUACAGACAGAUGAAGACAAACUAAACAGCAGCCUUUUAUCCUCAGAGUCGACUUUCAUGCCAGUUGCUUCAGGAUUGUCUCCAGUGUCUCCUGCUUCAGACCUCAAGCUACAUGGAAUCAGUUUGGGCCUAGAAGAUGAUGAUGAUACAGUGAUUGAAGGUGUGAGAGAUAAUAAUAGUAGGCAAACUAUUAACAAGCAAGAAGCUUUGCCUGUUACAGGAGAGCACCCUAAUAGAGCAGCAGGAAGUGUGGAAAGGCAAGAGAGUAUCAAAGAGAUCCUGCAGGUGCCUGCUUCUGAUCCAGUAACAGCUGCCCUGGCUGCAAAGACUGGCAACUCUUUAGGGGCCUCUGAAGGCCAAGUUCUGCACAGUCACCCCAGUAUUUCGUUAGGUGCUGAAUCAGGAGUAAAAACUCAUUGUCCUGACCAGAUGACAGAAGAAAGGUCUGGUUCACUGGCUGUGCAAGGUGCAGCACCAGCUGAUCAAGGUGCAGCUGAACUGCAAAGGAUGACUGAAGCAGCUACCAAGCUUCAAGCUUCCUGGAGAGGCUUUUACACGAGGAACCACCAUCCUCGAGCAAAGGAAGUGCGGAAUGAAAUUCGACUACACAGAAUGCAGGAGCACAUCAUUUGCUUAACAGCUGAAAUAGAAAAACUGAGAAAAGAAAGAGAGGAAGAUAAAAUGCAGAGGCUUGUACAGGAAGAAGCUAUCAAAUUUCUUUGGAACCAGGUUAAAUCCCUUCAACAAUGGCAGCUUUCAGUGAUGCAGAAUUUAGGUGGUGCUGGGAUCCAUUCAGCCAAUACUUUAUGUACAUCCAAACCACCUCUUAAGUCGUCCGCAGUGGAGCAAGAAACCCCACCAGCUGUUAGUUCUGCUUUGUUAGUUCCAGCUAGUGAGGAUGAUCUUCAGGAAAGGUCCUUGUUGCAGUUCCCAGAUUCUGGCUUUCAUUCUUCUGCAGCUGAUCAGACUCAUGCCAGUGACCUGUGUAGCUCUGAAAAGAGCUCAGCUGAAGGAACUGAGAGCUCCCUUUCAAUGGAAACCAUCAAACAAUGUGGCAGUUGUGGUUUUUCAGCAUGUUGUUCAGAAGAGGAUUGCCCUGGGGAGUGUGGGCAAAGUAAAGAGAGCUCUAGUAAUGAGCAGGACAACAGACUGAUAGAACAGUAUUUAAAAUCUGUUCAGCAGCUGGAAGAGGCUGAUGAAGACACAGAUUACAAUGAGGAAAUGGAGGGCAGCUGUCUACAGAUCCCUGUGUCAGCAGAAAGCCAAGAUUCUUCCUCUGACACUGUCUCUGUAGAGCUCCCUCAAGACACAUCUUCCCCUGUCCGAGGUGAAAUCUGUCAGACACCACCAGAAAGCUACAAACUGAAUUCAGGAAUAGUAGAAGGGAAGCAAACAGACUGUGAUUCUUCGUUUCAGAUGCUGCAUGUUGGAAUAGCUGUAUAAUAGGAUUACUUCCACAAAGGACUAGGGAUUCCAUUUCACCUUCUCUUUUUUUUCCUGUUUAUACAAAACUUAUUUUUCAUGUGUUUGUUUCAGAUUUUGGCUCAUGUUAUUAAUUUAUGUUGUAAUUACUAUUUUAUUGAUGUUGCUGAGGAUUGACACUAACUAUGCUAACGUGAAAUCAGCAAAGUUCUCAGUGACAAUCAUUAUGCACUUUAUUUUCAAACAUAAAACUGGUAUCCUAAUAACUGGCCUCCAUUAAAUUAAUUCUGAAGAUUGGGUGAUGGUGGUGGUAAUGUUUCCUGUAAAUUCACUUUGGUGAAUGUGUUAAUAAUUAUUUGUUUGGGUUUUUUUUCCUGCAAAGAAAGAUUAAGUUCUUAUUUUGCAAAGAGAAGCAAAUAAUGUGGGAAGAAAUGGAGUCAAUACAGGCAGUAUAUCCUGUCAUAGGUAGGAUGCAGCCUCCUGAGAAAGCUGAAAGGUUGCUUUUCAGGCUUCUUUUGACUUAAACAAAUUAACUUGGUCAGCGUAUCAAAGAUGCAUUCCAGAAAAACAGUGUCCAAGUCAGCGACUAUUUUGUAAAUAACUUGAAGCUGCUGGUGAGGAAUUAGAUCAUUUACAUACAAACACUGAGACAAAGACUUACAGGAGAGAGACCUCAGGAAGCUUCAAACAAGCCUUGACCUUUGUUUGCCCUGGGGUUGAAUUUCCCUGCCUUCUCAGGUAAGACUCAAAAUGGAACCAGUAGCAGCCAGGACUUACUAAGAAUUUCAGAAGGGCAUGUGAUUUGGGAACAUCAUUUCCAGGACUCCCCUGCUGGGUUACAGCAGUAGACUUGGCGGUGUAUGUUUUGCUCCACUAGGAUGCUAAUGUCCAUGUGGGAUUUGGACCUGCAUGGCUUUCAAGACGUUAGUGAAUUUGAUGGAUCACAACUACUUCUAUCUACAGGUAUAAAUACUAAAAGCAAAUGCUAUGACUUAACUGUUUCCUGAUAUCUCUGUUGGGUUUUUGGUUGGUUUUUUUCCCCUGUAUGUCCAGUAGCUGACAUUUUAGUUAGACCUGGAUAAAAAGUUGUAUUUCUUCCCUGUUAACAAAUAUGCUGAGAUACCUAGGCUAUGCCUUCCACUUAAACACUGGGAAAGCAGCAGGGUUUCUAUCUUACCUAGCCAUGGCUAUGUUGGGUUUUUUUAAUAGAAAAUGAUCAGGGAUCUUACUAUACUUCAACAGUGACAAGAGAAAUCCAUUUUGCCAUGUGAUUUGUGAUGGCCGCUAGUGAAAUAAAAGUUGGUGUUGUGAUUUACAGGGAUCAGUGGCAUUUGUUGAUGCUGCAUUUUGCAACAUGUACUGGAAGCCCAGUGUUGCAGUAGUUUGCUAAUGUUUACUUCUCAGUUACAAAGACACAUGCUUAUUGUAAUUCUCUGGAUCCACAGGUUAACUUCUGGUGCUAUGGUGUCAUGAAAACUAACUAGCACUCUUAACUCAUUCAUGGCCAUAUUACCAUGUAAAAUAAUUUUGGUUUUGUGAAAGCUUUGGUUGCAUGUCUGCUUUGGUUCCAAGUUGAAAUUUACCACUCCUCAGGAGUUUAGGAUGAGGCCAGUAUCUGCUUGAGACCUCAAAAUAUCCUUUAUUUAGAACAUCAGUGAUGUAUUGGACUUGUACCAGCCAUGUUCCCAGUAGUGAAGUGUACCUUGGAAGAAUAAAGCUUGCCUCUGUGUAUAGAGUAACCGUCAUCUUUUUUUCUCCCACCUCAAAAAAGUUCUAGGGCACCAGCUUCUCCAAAGAGCUGUUUCUGCAGUCAGGCUGACCUUUGACUGUGCCUUGCAUAUAUGGGAGCAUUAAAGAAAACCCGUAACAGCAGAGGUGGCUUCAUAUUCAGCAGAAGAAUGUACUGUGUAGAAGAAAUGCUUCUCUCUUGUGUUUUGUUAUGGGCUGAUCCUCCAGUGUUAGUGGGAGAGAUCACUUUAUUUGCCAGGUAAUGUUGCCAGUUCUGCCGUGAGUACAGUUCAAAUGCUUCUUUAAUUUGCUUCAGAAAAAUCAUAUAAACAUAGCUCAGACUAUUUAAACUGCACCACACAAGUAGUUUUGCCCCAAAUGAGGUAGCUGGCACAUGAAAGCUAUUUUCAGCUAGUCUGUGGCAGAAAUUACUCUUUUGCCUCUUUUUCUGAAGGCUGGGACAAGUGGUUCUAUAUACCAUAAAGCAAGAAGGCAUUAGGACUGUCAAUUUUAUUUUGCUGCUUCUAAACCACAAAUGUCCUUCAGCAAAUACGUGAGAAAAUCCUUGCUAAACUAAAUUGCAGAAGCCUAACAGUUGUUGAUAGUUAAGUUUCUUAGACAACCAUAGGUUCCACUAUUUGCAUGCAGCAGUUUAAAUAAUGCACUUAGCAGCUAGUCUCUAUAUUAAGAUGUUGGGUUUUUUUCUGAAUAAUGUUUGUAUUUGAGCUUGCAAACUGUUCCUGGGGUUUUUUAUGAAUUUGUAUAUAUUGUCUGAAGAAUUGCAAUUUUUGUUUCUACUUGUUGCAGGUUAUCUGAUGAACAAAAAUGGAAUAUAUGUUCCUUUGAGAUUACCUGGGUAAUUUUUACUGCACUUGAUGUUCUAGCGUGUCUCUAGAUACACUUUUUCCUGAGAGGAUAAAAUUGUGGCAGUUAGGGGAGACUGACUGAAUGACAGUAAAAUGUAAAAACCAUUCAGUUCCCCUGCUAGUGGAAAAGACACUUCCUUUUGUUUUCAUCUCCUGUUGUAUUAACUUCCCCCCUUUCCCCCUUGAGGACUGUGCCACCCAAAUAAGUAUGCAUCAAAUAUUCAUAAAGUCUUUGAAAAUGUCUUCUUUUAAUAGUUGCACUUCUUUUUUUCCCAGAUUGGCUUUCUAGGACAAGUUGCUGAGGAACACUUGCUUUCUAUAUGCCUACCAAAAAGUUGGUCUAUUUCUAAAUGUUUUCUUUGUCAGUAAUGGAAAAAGCACAGAAUCCCUUUCUUGCAAGAACAUAAACAGUAUUUAUCAGGAAAGGAUGUUUUAUCUCUUGGAAAGUGUCAUGCCAGAUUUCAUUGUGCAAGAGCUCUCAGUAAGAAUCUUUUUUUCUGGCUUCAUUACGUUUAUAAGUAUAUGGGUCAAAUUAAUUUUAGCAUAAUUCUACUGAAGUAAUUUUUUUUGAGACUUUCACAGUGGUAUUCUACCUCUAAACUAGAAUUUGAGAAGAAUUGGGUAUUGGUUUGUCUUUCUAUUUCUUGCUGUUUUCUGUGAACAAUGGUGGGUGGUUAAAUUGAUACAGUUAAUAUAUUUUCUAUAAGUGCUUACAUUUUGGAUUUAAUGUUUCUUAAGUAUUUUGUUUGUAUUGCUGAGUUUUGAAUUUUAAAUAAAUGAUUUGUACAUUUAUUGAAAAUUU